CACAGCCUAAGGUGCCUCCUAAUGGGCUUGACCUACUUGGAGGACAUCCAGGUGGUGGAUGCCCCUCGCCUGGAGAGGCUCUUUCAGUGGACAACUUUUGGCCAGCGCACUACCAAGGGUAAGCUGCGCCGCUCCGUGAUCAAGAUUGGCCAUGCACCCAACCUGCGUAUACUGGGAUACCUUAAGCCAGGAGAUAGUGAGAUCGAGAUUACCAAAACUGUCACUGUGGAUGGGACCAAUGAGAAAAUUGUCCCCAGUGUCAAGAUCUCGGCCAUAGAGAUGCAAUUUGGACUGCGCCGUGCUCUGAAGAAGGUGUCUGGCUACCUCACAACUUUUCCAAAUCUCGAGACGCUCCAUGUCCAGUCCAAGACCAAGAUAGCUGAAGAGCCCACUGGCAAGGUCAAUCUCAAGUUCUUGCAGGAGGGCGGUCCCAUUAAAUGUGUGGUGAGACGCUGAAGGAGGUGUUUUUCUGUGAGUUCAUCGCGGAGAGGGCUCGGGUGCUGGAGAAGAUGGUGGUUGUGGUGGCCAGUGAAUGUUUCUCUUCGGGGGCUAAUGUGAAUGUCAAACUGAAGCCCCUGAUAAAUGCAAAAUGGAUUAGUCAAGCCUGUAAACUUCAGCUCUUCAAGAGCCCACACGCUGGCGGGGGAUCUCCAGUUUUCUCCCACCAACUAGCAUCUGACUUUUCGUUUGCUGACCCUUUUGACCUCAUCGACUAUCAAGAAUCUCUAAGUGUUGAAGUUAACUAGUAGCACCGUUCCUAGCUGGUAGAAGACUACUGGCACCUACACUUUUGCCGGACUUGCAGCAGCUAAAUACCUGCAUUUCAUGGGAUUUCUCUAUCACGUGGUAUGGUUUUCGCGAUCUCUAUUAUGUUGCACAGUUUGUGCUAAGUAAGUAGUAAUUAUGUGGAUGUAUGCUGGUGGGAUUCUGAGAGUAACAGAAUCAGAUAAAGUUUCAGCUAAGAGCUACAAUGUUUCAUAUCAUUCGGAAUUUCCUUAAGUAUGUUCCUUGGAAA